AUGGUGAAAAAAGUCAAGAGUGAAUCAACUGAGUUGCCUGAUUGUAUUAUAUCACAUAUCUUUUCCAAGCUAAGUUUGAAGAAUUUGGUGAAAACUAGUGCAUUGUCCAAACAAUGGUAUCACGAAUGGGGAUUAAGAAAGGACCUCAAUUUUGAUCUCCAUAACAUGUUUGACUGUAAUCCAGAGUUACCAAAAACCCCACUCUUUCCACCCUUUCAACAGCUUCAAUCUCAAUUUGCCACAAGAUUGGAUUAUUUCAUCCAGAAAUAUCAUGGUGACAUCAUCAGUUCAAUCAGAAUCAAUUUUCCAUUAGGUCGGGAUAAUACUCAUGUCAUUGAUAGAUUGAUUCACAAAGGAGUUCUUAAGGGUGUCAAUCGUAUUGAGCUGCUCUUCGCAUAUCCACGGCCAUUGCCUGAUUUUGAAAAAGCAAUGAAAGCAAUGCCCUUUCCAUAUAAUGAAUCUGAUUUUGAAAAAGCAAUGAUUCCAUAUAAUGAAUCUGAUUUUGAAAUAGAGCCAUACAAUUUUUUCUUGUGA